AUGUCCAUACAGUGGGCAGGGUCUAGUAUAGGAAACUGUUAUGUCCAUACGGCAGGGUCUAGUAUAGGAAACUGUUAUGUCCAGGCGGCAUGGUCUAGUAUAGGAAACUGUUAUGUCCAGGCGGCAGGGUCUAGUAUAGGAAACUGUUAUGUCCAGGCGGCAUGGUCUAGUAUAGGAAACUGUUAUGUCCAGGCGGCAGGGUCUAGUAUAGGAACCUGUUAUGUCCAGGCGGCAGGGUCUAGUAUAGGAACCUGUUAUGUCCAGGCGGCAGGGUCUAGUAUAGGAACCUGUUAUGUCCAGGCGGCAGGGUCUAGUAUAGGAACCUGUUAUGUCCAGGCGGCAGGGUCUAGUAUGAGAACCUGUUAUGUCCAGGCGGCAGGGUCUAGUAUAGGAACCUGUUAUGUCCAGGCGGCAGGGUCUAGUAUAGGAAUAUGUCCAGACGGCACCUAG